GUCUUCUUGCACGACAACAUCCAGAAUUGCACAUCCUGAGUGAUUCGUCGAUGGCACACCAGUGGGUUUUGCAAGCACCAUCUCAUGACUCUGUAUCUUGCUGCCAGCCAUACCGAAGCCGAUGAACCAGAAUGGAAUGAUGUUCUACGGCGACAGCAAUUCGCCCUUGAAAUUUACUCAUUUAAUCAUAACGUCACUUCCACAAUGUUAACGCUGGGCUCCGCCCCUCUCGAGCUCUCGAGUCUCGACCCACAACAAAUGACUUGGAGUGAAGGAUUUUUGCUGCACAAACCCGCAUCGAUACCUGAACUUCAAGUCUUCAACCCUGCCUAUGUAUUAGGAGUUUGGUAUGUAGGAUAUCUUUCGCAAGGCUCUCAAACGCAAUCUCUUCCCCCAGGGGUUUCACCUCACAAUUCAAGGACUCCCACGUGUAGCCCUCCCCCAACCACAAGCACCCCUCAUGACCCAACCCACCUUUGUCGCCGUUAUCACCGCCACCUCUUUUUCAGCCUGAAGGGAGGCUUGAGUGUCGACAAGCCUUCAUCCUUGUUUGCUCAUCGCCACAAUAGGAUGGAGAGGUCUGGGCUUGGUCUUGGGAACGGCACCGGAAAUAGAACAGGAAGAGUCAACCUCUCCCGAAGAAAACAGACUUAUGUCCUCCCCGGUCACCCACAGAAUGCUUACGACAGGACCUCCAACCAUAGAAUGACUUUCGGUCCAAGGACUGCCAUAGGCUCUGCUGCUGCUGGGCUGCACGAUGGAGAACGAGGGGGGUCUGGUACAAGGUUCGAACAAGAGAGGGCAGGGUGUGUCGAUGUUGAUGUUGCGUUUUCACUGUUCAGAGGCCACAAGUUCGUCUUUGCUUGAUACGAUGAUCGCAUGUAUGGCAGGGAACGCUGGUGCAGAAUGGAGCCCAAGUCCGACGUUCUUCUCAAAUCCACGACUGAUCCAACUAGCGUUGAGAAUGGUGGGAAUCAUCGAGUAACCAGUGUACCGUGCAUAGGAGAAGAGGAAGGUGGUAUUUGUCGCACUUCUAGAGUUCGAAGCCCGCUGAAAGUAUACAAUGUUCAGCUCAAGUUACAUCGCAUAUAAGUU